AUGUCGAGAUCCUUCACCGGAUGCACACGAUGUAAAGCGCGGCGCCAAAAAUGUGACGAGCAGAGACCGACCUGCGGGCGCUGCCAGACCGCCAACGUGGAAUGCAAAUACGCCAUGCAGCUGCAGUGGGGUGGGCGGGCAUUCUCGCGAUCGCGAUUCGGGGCCUGCGUGGGCUCGAACAUGCAGAGACUAGAAUACUCGCCCGGCGAGUUUAUCUACACUACCAAGUCCAAGGCUAAGGCGGAGGCGGCUCAGGCUGAGGCCCAGGCUCUAGGCCAAGGUCCAAGUCAACCUGGCUCCGAUCUGAUCUUGACGCAGUCUGUCGAUCCCUUUUCCUCGCUCUCGAAUGAUCAAAAGGCGCUGCUGCACCAUUUCAUCAACGAUGCCUCCCAAAUCACCGCUUGUCACUCCGGCAUGCAGCAAGAUAUCUGCCGCAUGAUUGUGCCCAUGGCACUUCAGACUCCGUCCUUGUUAUACGCCACUACCGCCCUCUCCGCAAUCCACCUCCAAGCCCUACACAACCAGUCCGAGAGCGUCAAGACAGCGCCAGAUAUCGCACGGCUGAUGGCGCUGAGCCUGGAACAUUUCCGACAGGAACUCCAGAACCCAGCAUCGAGGGGCUCAGAGGCGUUGGUGGCGACCGCACGAACGCUUUGUCUAGCGGAGAUUCAUUCGGGAGCGAUAAAUCCAAAUUCAUGGCGAGCACAUAUCGAGGGAGCAAGGGCUUUGAUGAAGACUACGGAUGCGGCCGGCGAGGACUCGAUUCGGUCUGAGGGUGGCUUCCGCAGGUACUUGGAUCGCUGGUACUGGUCGAUCGUGUCACUGACCGCGUUGACGGGGAACGGGCCACCCAUUGGCGAUAACUCGGACUUUGCGCCGUCGGAUUUGGCCGGUCAGCGGGGGUUGCCUGAUUAUUUAGAUGAUUAUUGGGGAUUCACGGUUGACCUGGCUGCGGUGUUCAGACAAAUUGGUGCUGCUGCUUGGCGGAACCACCAGGCUGUGAAUGAUGGACAUGGUUUCAUUGAAGGGGAGAUCGAUAGUAAUGUGGAAGAUGAAGCGGCGACGCUUGAGUCUUCCGUACGGCAUCUUAUGGACCGAGGUGCCAGUUCGGAGCCGUCACUAUACCCGGGCGUCGCGGAAGGACUCCCGGCUGAGAGUGUGCAACAGUUGGCGCUCUGUAACGAGGCCUUUCAGCAUAGUGCGCUGAUCCAGAUUAACAGGCGUCUGCGCAAGAUCCCGACAACAUCAGAUGAAGUGCAGUACUCCGUCCAUCGGAUUCUAGACUGCACGGCUCAAAUUGGGCCAUCGGCUGGCCUCAGCCCGUGGGUGAUGCUGACCACGCCACUAUUCAUUGCGGGCUGCGAAGCGAGGGGAGAAGAUCGUGAUACAGUGCGGCGGUUACUGGCGUCGUUACACGACACUAUUCGGGUCCCCAACGUGUUGCAAUCUUUGAAGUUCCUUGAGCAGUACUGGGCUACUCAGCUCUACGAGGAAGAUUGGAGUCAUUUCCUUGAUCGAAUGAACUUUGACUUCAUUCCUUACUAG